GGUGGAGUGAAGGGGCAGAGGGAGAGGGAGAGAGAGAAUCUCAAGCAGGCUCCACACCUAGCACAGAUCGGGAUGCCACAGGCCUCAUCUUAAUGACCCUGAGAUCAUGACCCGAGCUGAAAUCAAGAGUCGGACGCUUAACCAACUGAGCCACCCAGGCGCCCCUGCCCAUUCUUCACUCUUAAACUUCAAGUCUUACAAGUCUUGUUUCUUGAAACAUAACCUUAUUAUUGGACUCUUAUUUUUGAGGUCGUGAUGUCUCGAGAGACGGAUGGGGAGCGUCAGCAGUCCCAUGGCAGUGGCUCCUGUCCCCAGUCCCAAGGUGGCUUCUCGCAGUCUCAAGGCACCUCCUCCCAGACACACAGCUCCUCACACUCUCCAGUCACGUCCAGCUCCACCAGCACAGCACCCACAUCCAGCCAGUCCUCUCACUCCAGCUCGGGGACACUGAACUCCUUAGACACAGUGUCCACCCAGGAACUCUGUUCUAUUCCUGAGGACCAGGAACCCGAGGAGCCUGUCCCUGCCCCUUGGGCUCGGUUAUGGGCCCUUCAGGAUGGAUUCCCCAAUCUUGAGUGUGUUAAUGACAACUACUGGUUUGGGAGAGAUCGAAGCUGUGAAUACUGCUUUGAUGAGCCACUGCUGAAAAGAACGGAUAAAUACCGGACUUAUAGCAAGAAGCACUUUCGGAUUUUCAGAGAAAUGGGUCCUAAAAACUCUUACAUCGCAUACAUAGAAGAUCACAGUGGGAAUGGAACCUUUGUAAAUAGAGAGCUGGUAGGGAAAGGAAGACGCCUUCCUUUGAAUAACAAUUCUGAAAUUGCACUUUCAGUAUGGAGUAAUAAAGUUUUUGUAUUUUUUGAUCUGACUGUAGAUGAUCAGUCAAUUUAUCCUAAGGAAUUAAGAGACCAAUACAUCAUGUCAAAAACUCUCGGAAGUGGUGCCUGUGGUGAGGUGAAGCUAGCUUUUGAGAGGAAAACAUGUAAGAAAGUAGCCAUAAAAAUCAUCAGCAAAAGGAAGUUUGCUAUUGGCUCUGAGAGAGAUGCAGAUCCAGUUCCCGAUGUUAAAACAGAAAUACAUAUUUUGAAAAAACUAAAUCAUCCUUGUAUCAUCAAGAUUAAAGACUUUUUUGAUGCUGAAGAUUAUUAUAUUGUUUUGGAAUUGAUGGAAGGAGGAGAGCUCUUUGACAGGGUGGUGGGGAAUAAGCGCCUGAAAGAAGCUACAUGCAAACUCUAUUUUUACCAGAUGCUCCUGGCUGUACAGUACCUUCACGAAAAUGGUAUUAUACAUCGGGACUUAAAGCCAGAGAAUGUUCUACUCUCAUCUCAAAAAGAGGACUGUCUUAUAAAGAUUACUGAUUUUGGGCAGUCUAAGAUUUUAGGGGAGACCUCUCUAAUGAGAACCUUAUGUGGGACUCCCACCUACCUGGCUCCUGAGGUUCUUAAUUCCUUUGGGACUGCUGGAUAUAACCGAGCUGUGGAUUGCUGGAGUUUAGGAGUGAUUCUUUUUAUCUGCCUUAGUGGGUAUCCACCUUUCUCUGAGCAUAAGACUCAAGUGUCUUUGAAGGAUCAGAUCACCAGUGGAAAAUUCAAUUUCAUUUCUGAAGUCUGGGCAGAGGUCUCAGAAAAGGCUCUGGACCUUGUCAAGAAGUUGUUGAUAGUGGAUCCAAAGGUGCGUUUUACGACAGAAGAAGCUUUAAGACACCCGUGGCUUCAGGAUGAGGACAUGAAGAGAAAAUUUCAGAAUUUACUUUGUGAAGAAAAUAAGUCAACGGCUCUACACCAAGUGCCGGCCCAGCCUUCCACAAGUCAAAAGCGGCUUCUUGAAGGGGAAGCAGAGGAUGCUGACACCACAAAGCGUCUGGCUGUGUGUGCUGCUGUGUCGUGAACUUUGGUUGAACAUGAAAGAAACCUGCCUUCUUGAACCUGCUGCCAUUUUCUUUAAAUCUGUUUUUUAUAGUUUAUUUUAAUUGUGGGGACAGUUGCUUUUUCACGAUCAUCAAUACACAAUUCCAAACCUAGUGGAACCUGGGCUUUGGCUUCUGUUUGGUGAUGAGCUCUUUAGCUGCACACCUUUUUUGUGUAUUUGCAGUUUUGUGCUUUUUGUCUGGUGCUCUGCAUUGGCUGGAACCAGGUGGGUAUCCCUGGUCUCAGCCUGGGCAAGCUGCAUACAAAUUUGAAAGACCCUUGAGAAAGUUGGAGAUUGGGGUGGAGUUUAUAGAGACUGGCUAGUCACCAAAGUCCUCAUGAGAUGGGAGGUACCUUGGUACCAUAUACCACAGGCCAGUUUUAAAUUCUCACCUCACCUGUGUAAAGGUACAGGUCCAUUGUCGCUGAAACCAUGGGACCAAAACAGUUGUGGAAUUUGAAAUUUUCCUGGUUUUGGGAAGGAUACAUGGCACAUCAACUCUAUUAUUUGUAACACCUAGUAGAGUCCUAUAACUAAGCACUUAAAUACUUUAGCAGCAAAUAUUCACAAUAAAAGGGUUAGAGAAGACUAUAAGUGCCUGUCAGUGCAGGUCACUUUUCUGUCAAAGGAGUUAUGGAUGACUCUCAGGUUUUAAAGCUGUUUGGAUUUUGGAAAUGCAAAUGAGGCAUGUGGGCAUUUCAUGUUGAGCCAAUGACAACCAAGGAAGCCCUGAAUAAAGCCCUUCUCUUGGCUGAUCUUGUCCAGUCCUCACAGUGAUGCUAUGGUAUAAGUCCUCUGACUGCGCUAAUGUUGUAGGUGAGGAACCCAGGAUGAAGGAGUAAGUUGACUUGUCCAGUGUCACACAGCAAGUGGCAGAGGUGGGACCCAACCAACCCAGGUCUUUCUGACUCUAAUAUUCCUCAUCUUCUCAGGCUCAUAUAUAGUCAGACUCGGAAAUGCUGACUCAUACUGACAAAACUCACAAGAGACUGAUAAUCUAAAUCCUGAAUGCCAGUGUGUUCAAUUAUUGUGAGAGGGUACAGCCCCAUGAUCUGUGUAAGUUGGGACACGUUGGUGGCAAGGAACAGAAGCUCAUUUAGGUUACUUCAUGAUAAAGGGGAUUUGUUUCACGGUUAUGGAUGUCUGGGCCUGGGAUCCAUCAGGAACCCAGGCAGCUGUAAUGCUUGGUUCCUCUUGUCUCUUUCUGACCCACUGAUUUUGCUUCUAUCUUUGGCUGGUUGAUAGUAGGCCACAUUAUAGCUUACUGGUCAUGCCAUGAGCUGAAUGCCUU